AUGUCGUCAUAUUCCACAGAAUCCUUUUACACCACACUCGAACAGAAGCAAUCCACUGUAUUCUUUUAUCUCUUUGGUGUGGUUGCAAACUCUGAGAAACCAUUCCGUGUGCUUGUGAAUGAUGAGUGUGUUUUGAAAAGAGAGCAAAACACUCAUUGUUUGAUCUUUGCUGUUAAAGUUGAAGAACCAAGAGCUGGUGGUCAUCACUUUAUUAGAACUAAAGUAGAUUGCCCAUUACUUCGUUGUGGAAAUGGUCUCACACAUCAUUACGAAAGAUACAAUCUCAGCAUUGGUGGAUUCUUCUUUCUCAUUGACUGCACAGGAGAAUUAGAAAGUUUAGAGAAUCAAAGCGCUAUUCGUGUGGUUCAGCAACGUCAUGACAAUUUCGGGUCGGAAUUUAGAAAUGCCAAACCUGCCAACACAGAAACUUCAAAAUUAUUGAAUCAAAUUGCAGCCAAGACCAAGAAUGUUAUUCACUCCACUCUUCCUCCUAAAGAUGUUGAAGAAAAACUAAAGAAAUUAGAACAAUUAUACAGAAAGAAUAUUUUGACAAAAUCCGAGUUUGAAGCAAAAUGGAGACAAUUGUAUCCUCCUCCAAUGGAUGAUGAAGGAUUGACUGAGGAACAAAAAGAGCUCAUGACAAGAUUGAGAGGACUUGUGGAGAGAGGAAUUGUCACACAAGAAGAAUUCGACACCAAAUUGAACAAACUUAAACAAGACAACGCUUUGGUCACCAAGAAUGCUAUUCCAGUGCUUUCUAAAGAACAAUCUGCCAUGCUUGAAAAAUUACAAAUUUUAUUCGAUAGAGGAAUUUUAACCAGUGAAGAAUUUGAAAAGAAGAAACAACAAAUCUAUCAAGAAGCCAAAUCAAAACAACAAGAAGCAACAAAAUUGGAAAUCAAAACUGCAGAGAGCUCUCAAAAACCAAUAUUGACCUCAAGUAGCAGUCAAAAUAAUUCUUCUUCACAACUUUCCUUCCAAGAAUAUUCACAACAAUUACAAGAUUUAAAGAACAUGAUGAAUGAAACUCAGAGAACACAAAUGAAAGCACUUGAUCGAUUUUUGAAUGAUGGAAUUUUAAAUCAAGAGGAAUAUGAAACAAAGAAAAAGAAAGUUCUCUCCUCAUUGUAUUUCCCAACUCAAUGGACACAUCAUAAGAAGAUUAUCGAAAUGGAAAUGUCUUUGCAAGAAGAAAAGAAAUCACUCUCUCCAAGCACUGAUUCCAGUAUUGAAAGAGAACAAAUGGAAAGAAUUGCCAAACUGGAAAAGUUAACAGAAAAGGGAACUUUAACACCUGAAAUGUUGGAAAGUAAGAAACAACAAAUCAUGGAAGAAAACAAACCUGUUCAAGACACUGAAGAUUUUUCUCAUCUCUCUCAUGAUCAACAAGUCAAAAUUUCCAAAUUGAAACAUUUGAAAAAGAUGGGAAUUUUAACACAAGAAGAAUUUGAUUCACAAUUCCAAAAAUUGUUAAAUUCUCAAAGUCCUUCUUCUCCAACCACCACCAUCAGCAACAUGGUCACAUCAUCAAGCAGUAGCUCCUCUCCAACUCAGAGUAAUAACAAUGGCCAUCUCAAAUUGAAAUCUCCAACAACAACAGCAUCCUCUUCCUCCUUUACUAUUAGUAGCAACAAUGGAAGUGUGAAAUUAUCAUCUCCUUCUUCAAAUCUCUCAACAACCUUUAGAGUGGAAGAAAAGGAUAAGGCGUCUCACUCCUCUUCUAUCUCCUCUCCAUCCACAAAAGAAUCUCCACGAGAUUUAGAGCGAGUUCAAGUGAAAGAAGUUUCUACCUCUCCUUCUUCCAAUUCUUCUCCUGAGCCAAAACAAGUGUCAAAAAUCACUACAAGUUCAAUUGAAGACAAGCCAACAACAGUGUUCAUCAAAUCAUCAUCUACUUCUCCUCAGAAAGAACAAAUUCCUUCUUCUGUUCAAACACCAUCUUCAGAAUCAGCAGCAUCUGCAAACAAAGUCACACCACAACAUAAACCACACGAUGAAGAUGCAUCUACUGCACAGUUCAACGAUGAAGAAGAUUUGUCAGAAAUUCAAGAGCAAUUAGAAAAUCUUCGUUCCUUAGUAGAGAUGGGAGUUAUUUCUGAAAAGGAUUAUCUUGAGAAGGAAGAACGAUUAUUGAAGGGAAUGAAAGCUUUAACUCCAUCACCAACAACCAAAACAACAACAACCAUUGAGACACGACACUACAAUGUGCAACAAGAAGCAGAGACCAAUGCUAUGCAGGCGCCUUCUCACGUUGAGAGCACUUCAAUGGUGAAGACAACAAAAGAAGCAAUCAAAGAAGAUUCAACACGACUCGAUAGCAAUACUGUGAACACAAACAAUCAAAUCAAACAAUUGGAAAAGCUUUUAAAUGCUGGAGUGAUUAGUAAGGAUGUCUUUGAUGAGAAGGUUAAAAAGAUUUUGGGUGGAAAUGGUCAAUCAUCGACUCCAAUGACUCCAACACGAAAUGUCGAGUCACAGAGUGUGGCCACUUCUCCUGUGGAACCAAAGAUUGUUAUUCCAAAUUCCAACAAGGGACAAGAUGUGACAAAAACCUCAACUCCACAGAAACAACGGCCUGCGUCACCUACUGUUGAGUCUCCAAGACAGGUACAAACAAACGGCAACUCUGAAACAGAAUUGGCCAAGCUCAAAAAACUUUUGAAUUGCGGCCUCAUCACAGAGGAACAGUACAAAAUGAAAGAAGCUAAAUUGAUUGGAAAUUCAACAACUCCAACCAAUGUCGGUGCUAAUGGUUUUAAUGGUUUUACUACCCCAGAGAAAGUAGUGUCACCACCAUCAGCUCAACCUAUGAUGGAUGAACCAACCAAGACAGCCAAUACUACCAGCACUGCACAACAAAUUUCCAAUCUCAACCAAGAAGAAGCAGCUGAAAUAGAUCCUGUGUUUGGAGAUUUGAGCUCUUUGAACGAAGAACAGAAACAUCAAGUGAAAACUUUAAGACAAUUUUUGAAGGAAGGAUUGAUUGAUCAAGAAGAAUUCGAGGAAGAAGUGAAUCAAAUCAUUCAAAGCUCCAGGUAA